AUGGCGGUGGCCAGGAAAAUCAAAACUUUGCUGACGGUGAACAUCCUGGUGUUCGUGGGCAUCAUCCUCUUCUCCGUCUACUGCCGGCUGCAGGACCGCUCCCAGGAGCUGGUGCAGAUCGUGCGCAGCGCCGAUCGCCGGGUGCGCAGCCGGCACGCCAGGGCGGGUGUGAUCCUGGACCGGGAGGCCAUCCUGCAACGGCUCGACCACCUGGAGGAGGUGGUCUACAACCAGCUCAAUGGUCUAGCCAAGCCCAUGGGUCUGGUGGAAGGGCCAGGAGGAUUAGGCCAGGGUGGCAUGGCAGCCACACUCCGAGAUGACAGCCAUGAGUCUGAAACCAAAUACGAAGAAUACGGUUACAAUGCACAGCUGAGUGACCGCAUCUCCCUCGACAGGAGCAUCCCAGACUACAGACCAAAAAAGUGCAAACACAUAAUGUAUUCUGAGGACCUGCCCCAGAUCUCCGUGGUCUUCAUUUUUGUCAAUGAAGCUCUAUCCGUGAUCCUCCGCUCAGUGCACAGCGUUGUCAACCACACUCCAUCUCACCUGCUCAAAGAGAUCAUCCUGGUAGACGACAACAGUGACAAUGUGGAGCUGAAAUUUAAUCUGGACCAGUAUGUAAAUAAGAGGUACCCAGGGCUCGUGAAAAUAGUCCGCAAUACCAAGAGGGAAGGGCUCAUCCGAGCUCGGAUCCAGGGCUGGAAAGCAGCAACCUCUCCAAUCGUGGGUUUCUUUGAUGCUCAUGUGGAAUUCAACACUGGCUGGGCAGAGCCGGCCCUAACCCGAAUCAAAGAGGAUCGAAGGAGAAUAAUCUUACCGGCCAUUGAUAACAUCAAGUACAACACCUUCGAGGUACAGCAAUAUGCCAACGCUGCCCAUGGCUACAACUGGGGUCUCUGGUGCAUGUACAUCAUCCCACCGCAGGACUGGCUGGACCGAGGGGAUGAAUCUGCACCUAUCCGGACACCAGCCAUGAUUGGCUGCUCAUUUGUGGUGGACCGGGAGUAUUUCGGGGACAUCGGUCUGCUUGACCCGGGCAUGGAGGUGUACGGUGGGGAAAACAUCGAGUUAGGAAUGAGGGUCUGGCAGUGUGGGGGCAGCAUGGAGGUACUGCCCUGUUCCCGUGUGGCCCAUAUCGAGCGCACAAAGAAACCCUACAACAACGACAUUGAUUACUAUGCAAAGCGAAAUGCCCUGAGAGCUGCAGAAGUGUGGAUGGAUGACUUCAAGUCCCAUGUUUACAUGGCCUGGAACAUCCCCAUGACGAACCCAGGAGUGGACUUUGGGGAUGUGUCCGAGCGCCUUGCUCUGCGUCAGAGGCUCCAGUGUCGCAGUUUCAAGUGGUACCUGGAGAAUGUGUACCCUGAGAUGAGGAUUUAUAACAAUACCAUCACUUAUGGAGAGGUGAGAAACAGCAAAGCCAGUGGCUACUGCUUGGACCAGGGGGCAGAAGAUGAUGAUCGAGCAAUACUAUACCCUUGCCAUGGGAUGUCCUCACAGCUGGUACGCUACAGUGCUGAGGGUCUGCUCCAGCUGGGGCCCCUUGGUUCCACCGCCUUUCUGCCAGACUCCAAGUGUCUCAUUGAUGACGGGAAAGGUCGGACACCCACCCUGAAGAAAUGCGAGGAUGUGUCCCGCCCUGCCCAGAGACUCUGGGACUUCACCCAGAAUGGCCCCAUUGUGAGCAGAGACACAGGAAGGUGUCUGGAAGUGGAAAUGUCCAAAGAGGCUAAUUUUGGUCUCCGAUUGGUGGUGCAGAGGUGCUCGGGACAAAAAUGGAUGAUUAGAAACUGGAUUAAACAUGGACGACACUGAUGAGGACCCCUCUCACCCUCCUCAUGAGAGGAUACCCUCUUCACUCCUCUUCUUCCCAGACCUGGUGGUGAGAAAAUCUAUGGGAAGGAGACAAGGGUUGCUUACUAAGGAUUAGGUCACCAAGCCUGGGGUCCCCACUGACCCCACAGCUCUCCUCCCAUGGACACCAAGAAGGAAGAAGCUGUCUCAUUCACUAUUUCUGGCCCAAAAUGGGACCAGCCAUUGGGCUUCCUGGCAGCCUAUUUCUCUACUCCUACAGAGCAAUGGAAAACCCUCUUGCCCCUGUGUGGAGUCCAGAGGGAACCAUAUCAAGAGAACCCUCCUUGGACAGAUGAUUCCUCAGCUUUAAAUUACUGGAUUGGUGCACAACUCCUCUGAUAAAGAAUCAUGUGCCUUUUCUACUCUAUUUCCUAUUUGAGCCACCUAGGACAGCUCCCCUCAUUGGGAGGCAGCCACAUCUUCAGCAUGUAUGGACUUCUUGUGUUAAUGCCCCAACAUGUAAAUAAAUCCACUGUAAAAUUUGCACCUUGGUCCAUGUCAAGGGUAGCUUCCUGAGAGUCUGUUUGGGAUCCAGAGCCCACAUCCCAGGGUACAGAUCCCCCAAGACCUCCUCUGGGACCCCAGCGAUGGAGCCAGGAAUCCAGCCAAUUAUUGGCUGACUUGGCCAAUGUCCUCUUGCUCUUUGGAUUUCUUGAGCCACAAGGCAUAGAGGAACAGGCUCUGCUUCUAAGGGAUGAGUGAAGCAAUUGGUCUGUGCCCUUCCCCC